AUGGCUUCGACUACAGGCGGAGUUCAAGUUGCCAUUGUUGGCAUCGCUGCCCAGCUUCCAAGUGGCGCAUAUAGCGACAAAAACCUCGACUACCAAGCAUUCUUCCAAUUUCUCCUCGAGAAAGGCGAGGCAUAUGAGAAGAUACCUCUCGAGAGGUUCAACAUCGACCACCUACGCGGUGAUGGGCUCGGCCAUAUUGUUUCAGACACAGGUGCUUUUCUUAAGGACGUGCACCUCCUAGACUACCUCGAGUUUGGCAUUACGAGCAAGGACGCACGAUUCAUGCCGCUCAGUACACGCCGUCUGCUAGAGACUACAUUUCUUGCACUUCUUGACUCCGGGAUCGACUAUCGCGGGAAGAAUGUAGGGUGUUACAUGUCUGGUGUUGCACACGACAUGAUUACCAUAUCUGGACACGAUGAUGGGGAGGCGCGCGGAACAUUCGCUGGUGGCCCUGCGAUGGUCGCGAACCGCGUCUCGUACCACCUUGACUUGCGAGGUCCAUCUGUUCCCGUUGAUACUGCAUGCAGCUCUAGCCUAUAUGGAACUCAUCUGGCCGUGCAGGCUCUCCGCAACGGAGAAUGCGAAGCUGCCGUCGUAGGUGGAUGUCAGAUCAAUCAUAGGCUCGCGGAAUGGUUCAUGUAUAGCCAGGGUGGUAUUUUGUCCCGCGAUGGCAAGUGCAAGCCAUUUGAUGCGUCCGCAGAUGGGUUCGGGCGCGGGGAGGGUGUCGUUUCAAUUGUUUUGAAGCCACUGAAUACGGCUCUGCGUGACCAUGAUCACAUUUACGGAACAAUCUUGGGCACGGGGGUAAACUCUUCUGGAUCACUUGCUCCAGUCAAUGCCCCUGUUGCUUCCGCUCAGCAGGACGCGAUGCUGCGAGCAUUUGCUCAGGCGCAAAGACGACCACAGGAUGUUGAUUUCAUUGAGUUACAUGCUACAGGGACUGCACAAGGUGAUCCUACUGAAGCCAACUGGGUGGGUGCUCAAUUCAAGCGAGACGAUGAGCUGCUAGUAGGCAGUAUCAAAGGAAACAUCGGCCACCUGGAGAUCACCGCAUUCCUCGCUUCACUUUGCAAAGUAUGCUCCAUGUUUCGCACAGGCGUCGCCCCACCAAAUGUGAACUUCGUACGUCCUAAUCCAGCUAUACAAUGGGAAGAGUACAAGCUGCGCGUUCCGACAGAGCCAGAGCUGCUCGCGUCUCGGAGCUCAUCUGGCUGUCUCCUGGUUGCGAUGGCCAGUUCCGGAAUUGGCGGAGCGAAUGGGCACUGUGUCAUUGAGGGUCCACCAUCUGCGCGGAGGGCAUUAUCGUCCUUGUGGCGAUCCAGCGCCCUUGGGCUAUCUUUGAUCAUUGCUGCUGGACUAUCACCUCGCUCUGUAACCGCCAUAGAAGAUGAUCUGAAAGGCCUCAUUGCAAAGGAGGACGCAAAUGUCGUCUCGCGAGUCUAUGGCCGUAGGUCGAGGUCUCUGACAUGGCGUUCCUUCUCCAUCGCCCAGCACGGUCAGUUAUCCCGUUUUAGCGAACAAAUGAUCAUCCCGAAGUCUGCACCCCCGGUCGUAUAUGUCUUCUCCGGGCAAGGUCCCCAACAUUUUGACAUGGGGCGCGAUCUCUACAAGACAUCAGCUGUGUUUCGCGCGACAGUGAGAGAAAUGGACAAAGUCUACCGCGACGCUAUGGGGUUGUCGCUGGUCGAUCAGAUAGGCCUUUUCGACGAUAAGGACUCUAUCAAUGGCCUGGGCAGCAUAUGGCCAGUAGCGGUUACUCUUCCCGCUUUGACUAUGCUUCAAAUUGCUCUUGUUGACACUUUGUCUGGCUUGGGUGUAAAAGCAGACGUUGUCAUCGGCCAUUCCGCAGGCGAGACCGCAGUGCUGUAUGCCUCCGGCGCAUGUUCUGCGGCUAUGGCCAUGGAAAUUGCGAUAGCAAGAGCGAAGGCUAUGACGGUACUUGAAGAUCGUAAUGGCGCAAUGGCGGCACUCGCAUGUUCUCCACAUCAGGCGCAAGAAGUGAUAAGUAGCGUUCUUUUGGACGCAGGGCCAGGCUUUCUGUCCAUCGGAUGCUACAAUAGCCCUGAUGCUGUGACGCUCUCUGGAGCCAGUUCUCAUGUCGACCUUGCUGUCAAAAAGGCGAUUGCUCACGGGAUCUUCGCCAGACGCCUCCGUACGCAUAUUCCUGUUCACUCAGACAUGAUGGAUCUUUGCCAGGACGAAUAUGAGAUAUUGUUGGCGGAAGUCUUCGCUAGAUAUUCCCUCAAGCGUCCAAUAAUCGAGGUAUACUCGACGAUGACUGGUGCCCAGUACGAAUCUCCAUUUGAUGCUUCGUACUUCUGGGAUAGUGCUCGUGGUCCCGUCCACUUUACUCCUGCCGUAGAGGCCAUUCUAGCAAAGUAUCCUAAUGCGGCUUUUGUUGAAGUCGGUCCCCAUCCGGUACUCAUUAGCUAUCUAACGUCCAUGAUCGACGAGCGCAAUGCGAAUGUAAUUCCUACUCUCAGGCGACCAAAAGUACAAGCACCUGGCGCUGAACUAUUCAGCUUCCUGGAAUGUCUGGGAAUGCUGGUUGUUUAUGGCUGUAGCACCAUUGACUUCGACGUUCUGUGCGGAGUCGUCGAGGCAAGCGAAGGGUCCAUCCCUGAGUAUCCCUUUUCCCGCAAGGACGUUCCCUACCUUGCUCAUACACACCAUGUCGCCCGGAUGAAGCAAGUUCGCAACGGCCCAUUGAAUUACCCGCAGCUGCAGAUCAAUGCGAAGACACAUCCUGACCUGGCCGAACAUGUCAUCAAGGAUGAGCCAAUCAUGCCGGCAACAGGUUAUAUUGAGAUGGCUUUAGAGUUUGGUGCAAGAAAACUCUGGAGCGUAGAGUUCGUUUCUUUUCUCGCGCUGUCAUCUGAACGUCCCACACCCGUUCACGUCGACCUUGAGGGUCCACGAUGGACAGUGCAGAGUGCGUCACCUAUGAUUUUCGCGAACGAGUGGCCACCCAAGUACGACCGUGUUCACGCGAGAGGAUAUUUAUCCAAAACGUAUGAGGCUGGAGACGAGAAGCCACCUAUAAAUCUCACCGAGGUCCGUAAGCGACUCAAACCUAUCGACAUGAGAGAUUUCUACGACGGAUUCACGAACUUUGCUUCUUAUGGGCCGAUAUAUCAAAGAGUGGUCGCGUGCAGUAGAGGUAUGGACGGGUCCGGACGGGAGGAGUUCUUAAUGCAAGUAAGAGGUGGGGAAGAUGAUCUUGAGAAUUUAGAUCAAUAUCGGAUACAUCCGGCCAUACUCGAUGCUGCGUUGCAUGGCUUGGUGCAUCCUGCGCUCACCGGCAACAAGAAUGACCGGGACCCUCGAUACUUCCUUCCAUCUAGAACGGCCGCGUUUGUCUUACAUGAUGGAUUGGUUACAAGGCCUUUCCCACCUGUCGUUUACACUUAUUCCACUAUCACAAAGUGGACGCCAGAGUGUGUGGUGUGUGACGUUAUAUUGGUAGACGGGGAGGGAAUCCGGUUGUGCACCUUUGAUGGAUUUGAGAUUGCUAGACAUGGCCAAUUCACCAGGGAAGUGAAACGCCGAAAUGAACUCAUUCACCGUCCUACCAGCCUCAGUGUACCUCGGCGAAGCGCCGAUAGCGAGACAAUGGCUAGCCCGGGGAAUGGAUGCCUCCUAGAUGUCCCUGUUUUGCCUCUAUCAAAGCAGCGUCGCGGGCGAGAUUUGUCAACAGGGAACGCGUCUGACAGUGGAUACAGCAGCCUCUCUGACACCGAAUUAAAUGCUUCGCCCCACCACGCUGCCAGAGCAUCAUAUAUUCUGUUCGAGUACGUGAGAGGUAAAGAGAUGGAACUACAGCCUCUUAUUAUGACCCUGGAUCCACUAGACAAACUUGAAGUCUGGUUCAUCGCAUCCGCGGGACUCGAUGGGGAUGCUGGCGUUGGAUUUACGAAAUCUCUGCGAAGAGAGUAUCGAAGUUGGGUCGUCAGGAUGGCUGUGUUUGAAGGUUCGUGGACCGUGGAGGAGCGAAACGAGGCUAUCAAGUAUCUGUCUUUGCGUCCCGAGUGCGAAGUCGAGAUUAUGAUCGACUCCUACGGAUCUGUGCUUGCGCCGCGAAUCGUUGCAACAACGCCGCCUACUUCAGUAUCUGCUUUUCGCUUGGAAUACCCUUGGAUAUGUGAUCAGUCUUCCGUCAAGCAGACUGUAACGCCUUACAUUCCAGAAGGAUUCGCCCUCGUUCGUGUUGAUUGCCUAGCGAGAGGACCUGGUCAGCUGUGGGCAUUCUUUGGGGGCACAGAACACAUCCCUGGUAUGAUCGCUGGGAUCACGUCGGGGCCGAUAUCCAAUUUCGUACUCUCUCACAAGGAGAGCUUGGUUGAGUAUCCUCAUUCUGCCGAUUUCCAUUCAGCGCCACCCCUCUUAGCACUCACAAUUGCCGCUCUUGCUCUUGGGCCUAGCACCUUUUCUAAGCCGGCACGUCUCUGUCGCGAGACGAUUCUAGUGACAGACGCAGAUACCGAACUAGGAAGUCAGGUCGCCAGCAUAUACACCCAGCUAGGACUUAGCGUUCUUACCUUGCCAGCCGAUAUCAGGUUCUCGGAGCUCUUAACACUCCCUAAAAGGCCCCGAUUCAUCGUAUCAGGAUCGGAGGACACAGGAGUGAUCAAGAUGCUGAGAGAACUGACAUCCGGAUUUGGGAAGGUCUUCCUGUGGAAUGAUAAUAGCGCGGGUAUUGCUGGACUUGUGGACACUGAUCCAUGGCUUGUCGCUGACGCUCUUAGAUGCGGGAUCUCAGGCACCACAUUGAUAAAUGAAAGCUUCUGCUCUCCAUCUGAAUUCUUGAGCGAAGUUCCGACCUGCAUUUCAGUCCCGUUGACUCACGAUGUCUUCAAUCCCGAGAAAGCGUAUCUCCUUGUUGGCGGGAUUGGAAGUCUCGGCCUGCGAGUCGCUCUAUGGAUGUAUGAGAAAGGUGCGAGAGAAAUUAUAUUAACAUCAAGGUCAGGACGCGAAGGUAUCAUCAGAAGAGACGAGUUUGUCUGCCAGCGCAUAAUGGUCUACUUGGAGAGCUUGCCUGAUCUCGUGCUGAGAGUGGAAGCAAUCGACGCGUUGUCCGUCCAACAGAUGAAGCAUCUCGUUGAUAGCCUUGGACGUCCGCUAGGAGGCUGUAUGAUCCUCACAGCGAUUCUCAUUGAUCGCACGUUUGCAUCACAAACAGCCGAGACAUUUGAAGCGCCCAUCUCGUCCAAGGUCAAUGUCUUGAGGACCAUCGAGGAAGUGAUCUCCAUCGCUUCCCUGGAUUUCCUGAUUGCUUUCUCGUCGGUAUGUGGGUUGUUCGGCAAUGCGGGUCAAACAAACUACGCAUGCGCGAAUAUGGCUUUGACCGGACUAAUGCGGAAAUACAAGAAUGCGACAACGAUCGCUGUACCAUUUAUUUUCGACACGGGUUAUCAGAUCUAUAUCUCCUCUUCUGACACUUUGCGGUGGGCACGAAUGAAACACUUAAUGAGUUGGAGUAUGUCGAGCGCAGAGUUGUGCGACUGCAUUGAGGAUAGCAUUCGAAUGCUGCGCGAAGGUCCCAUCUGGCAGUACAUUCCGGAUCUUGACUGGAAUCUCGUACGCUCAAAUCUUGGGCCAUCUCCAAUGUACAACGACCUCAUAUCUGAUGGUUCAUCCAUGAGCCCGGAUUUGGCGGAGCCAGAGGGCAGCAACCUGCGUGAGAUUGUGUGCAAGACACUUGAUCUUACUUCUGAGGACCUUUCGGCGGAUGUUCCCUUCAUCUCUUAUGGCCUGGACUCUCUCUCAGCCGCAUCACUCUCAUACGCCUUGCGUCCCCUUGUUGCUGUGUCCCAAAUACAACUCCUCGCCGACUUGACGCUCACUGACCUUGAGCUUCGCACCGAAGAAGCUGGUAGAGCUCAUACAUCCAGUCUGUCCGGAGGCUCCACCGAUGUCGACCAGCAUCGUUUCCAAUCCAAGUCUGUGGAGAUGCUCGAUAUGGUUGACAAAUACACUACUGGCUUUCCCCACCGUUCGCCUGUCAGCACCAGUACGGUCGAGCGUCCAAAGAUAAUUCUCAUCACCGGAACCACCGGCAGUCUUGGUGCUCAUCUGCUCGCCCAUCUCUUGCAGUUAGACGGAGUGCAGACGAUAUAUGCUCUGGUCAGAAAGCGGGCUGGCAUGUCCAGUAUGAAUCGCCAAGUGGCUGCAUUCACAGCGCAAGCAUUGGUAUGCUCCCUGCUGAAUUCUGAGCGGCUGGUUCUUUUAGACGGUGAUCUGCAUGAGCCCUCGCUCGGGCUUCAAGCAUAUGAUUAUGAUAAGCUGCGAUCCUCGCUCACACACAUCGUGCACCUCGCUUGGCCCAUAGAUCUCACGAGCUCCCUGGCCGCAUUUGAGCCUGCUAUUAACGUCCUCCGACGACUCAUAGACUUGUCGUCUGGCUUCUUGGACCGCCCGCCGCCAAGACUGAUCUUCGCAAGCAGUACGGGGAUCUACCGGAGAAUCGAGUCGCUAAACGCUUUGAGAGAAGAACCUAUCGAUGACCCGACAGUCGCGAUCGACUCGGGUUACACCGAAUCCAAGUGGGUCUCGGAGCAGGUCCUUGCUGUCGCAGCAGAGCACAAUCUGGUCCAGCCCGUCAUUGUGCGUAUCUCGCAGCUCUCUGGUAGCAGGAAUGGCGCAUGGAAAGUGACCGAAUGGGUCCCGAGUCUCGUUUCCGCAAGUUGUGCGAUGGGCUGUCUGCCUGAUGCAGUCGGGAGCGUAUCCUGGAUCCCGGUCGAUAUUGCCGCUUCCGUUCUCGCCGACAUGCUCGACUCAUCGCGCCCCGUCCUGCACCUGCGUAAUCCACAGCCCGUUUCCUGGUCGCACAUGAUGGCGCAUUUCUCGGCCAUGUUGAACCUGCCCCUCGUUAGCUAUCCCGAGUGGGUCGCACGCUUGGAGAGAGACAUGGCGGAUGUGGAGAAAGCACGAUCGCCGUAUCUACAAGCCGGGAUUCGCUUGUUGGAGUUCUUUCGCGUAGGAAGCGAUCCAGACCACCAGAAUCGUGUGGGGAAUGCAAUGACCGGUAGCAGGCCGAUUGUCGUUGAGCUAGAGGAAGCGCGAAAGGUGAGCAAGACACUGGAUGCUGGUGUACCACAGUUGGGUGAAGAGGACGUGCGGCGGUGGGUGGAGUGGUGGAGGACAACAGGACAGCUGCCGACGAUGUAA